UGUUUGGCACAAUAUGUACCAAAAAUCAUCGUCAUGAAUCCCCGGGAGACAUUUCCAAUCAACUGAACAGCACAGCUUGUUCAUAUACAGCCAUUGAUCCAAGUAACGGAUUGCGAUUGUGAAGGACAGCCAGUCAGGUAACUAGGUGAGCAUUUCAAAAGUAUGCAUGCUUACUGAGUACAGAAGACAUUAUCGGUGUGACAGGCCCAUGACAAGAUGGUUUGCCUUCCGCAACUACGGCGAUGUGGAUUUACGAAGAGACGAGGAAGAAGAGUGCCGGGUCUGAUUGCUGGUUUAGUGGCAGUUGUUGUCAUCGCGCAUAUUUUUAUAAACGGUUACGGCUUGGAUAUUGCAAAUGGAAUAGAACUACUUCCAGGCUGGCCAAUUCAUGAUGUUGGUGUCAAUGCAAAAGCUCUGUCGCAAGACCGUCACCAGACUCUAGAUCUAACCUAUAAUUCGACGUUCAAGGGAAGAAGGGGAUAUUUAAUGAAACAGUAUCACGCCAUUCUCGACAAGGCACUCGGUGACGUUCAGGAGGUGUAUAAAGAAAUUGAUGAGACGAUAUACAAGAAACGACUCCAACAUGCCAAGAAGGCAUGUGACACCAUUCCUGGAAGCGACAAGGGCGUUCGUUCCACCAUCCCUACUCUCUGGUACAUGAAACAGACUAACAUGCUGUACUGCUCUGUUGCUAAGGCAGGAUCCAGCUUCUGGCGACGAACUUGGAAUGCAGUGACCAAACAGAGAGGUGAAACCAUACGCUCACCAUAUGAGUAUGCAUACGAAGACUUCAAUGCAGGCCCCUAUGUGUUAAGGCACCUGCAUAAAUUCAUAGACAGCGACGCUGCUCUUGGAAAUCUGGUUAAUUCCUCGUUGAAAUUCAUGUACACCCGCGACCCAUACAGCCGUAUUUUCUCUGCGUAUGUUGAUAAAAUACUGGCUCCCAACACCUACCUAUGGGGACUUGGCAGAAAAACCAUAUCGCAGUUCAGAAAUGGCUCUUCUGAGAAAAGCCGUUCUUGUGGUCAUGACGUCACGUUUGGUGAAUUUGUCAAGUCCAUCAUAUCUACACCAAUCACAUCACUUGAUGCCCACUUCAUCCCCGUCACGGAGUGGUGUGACGUAUGCAGUCUCCAGUAUGACGUCAUCGGCAAGAUGGAAACCUUUAAGACUGACUCCAUGUAUCUUAUGCAUAAAGCGGGCAUCUUAGGUAAACGAGUUGAGAUUAAAGACUUUGGAAUAGAAUACACCGCCGACUCCUUCGUGGACUAUGUCACGCGGACAUUUUUACAUAGGGGGGGUUUUGGGAAGUGUUUGCCAUUCCAUACGGCCAUUCGUCGUUUAUGGAGACAGAUGCAGAUAGCCGGAUCUAUUUCCAAGGAGGAACAAUAUCCAUUAACACCGGCAGAAAGCGACACGGUAACCGAAGUUCAGUUGAUAAAUGUUAUGCUUGGUGCAUUUAAGCGAACGUCCUCAAGGUCAAGGUCAAACAAGAAGGAGGCCUUCUUACAAGCCUACCGGCAAGUCCCGUUGCACGACCUGGAACAAAUACGUGCGAAGUACUCAAAGGACUUUCUGUUGUUCGAUUAUGACGAUAGACCCAAAGAACUUUUUGACAAAACGGUUCAACCACACAUAAAAUUUGAUUAUUUUGAUGUAAUGAAAGAGUGAAUUGCUUUUGAUAAACUACAUAUACAAUAUAGUAGCUUGUUUAAAGGUUCAUGUGCACCGGCCCGAAUUCACUCUCGUUCAAUAAGGAAAAUGUUUUUAGUCUCGCCGAAUCUUUUUUUGCGAAGCGUAAAUUUAGUUCAGUUAUUUCCAGUUUGAUUAAAUCAAAACUGAGGUCAAUGCAGGAAAUGAAGUUAGGCUUUGAUAGUAUUUGUUUUUUUUAAAUCACACCUAUUCCUUAUUGUACUAAACCAGAGAUCGUACACCAGUUUAUGGUGUCUGACUAAACCGACAAUUCAUUUAUAUUAUCAGUUCUGAUGAUGAUGUUGACUGUAAUUGCUAGCAUGACCUUAGGGUCUGGGACAAUCACAACACGAAACGAAGAGUCAUAAUUUUAUAAUGACAUCUAUUUUGUUAGCUGCUUAUAUAUUUUUAUUGAUAUUGCCGUUAGUUGUGGGUUUUUCACAUAAAGUUAUUUAUGCCAA